GGUCAGGUCUGUUGUCUUAGGUGAGGAGGCCGAGGGGAUUACGCGUCACCGGGUCUUUUCUCCACCGAGCUUUCAGCCGGCGAGGGUGCACCCCAGAGGCGAACCUAUUCAGGGUUCCUGCCUCCAGCUCCUCUCCCGCUUCGGAACGAGUACCGGCGUUCACCCACCCCAUCGUCUAGGCUCCACUCGCAAGAAGCGAAGGCAGGAUGGAGUUCAAGCUGGAGGCUCACCGCAUCGUCAGCAUCUCCCUUGGCAAGAUCUACAACUCGCGGGUCCAGCGCGGUGGCAUCAAGCUGCACAAGAACCUCUUGGUGUCGUUGGUGCUGCGCAGCGCCCGCCAGGUCUACCUGAGUGACCCAUGCCCUGGCCUCUACCUGGCCGGCCCUACGGGUACUCCGGCGGUGCCACCGCCUCAGCAGCCCGGAGAGCCGGUGGCCGGGCCACCCUCCGGCUGGGGAGAGCCGCCUCCCCCUGCCGGCCGCGCCGCCUGGCCGGAGCCCGAGCCGCAGCCUCAGCGCCCUGUGGUGUGCCACACACCGGGAGCGGGAAGCUCAGAGCCGUUGUCCUCAGGAGCAGGGGACGCUCUCCGGGGCGAAGAGACGGACACGGCGGCAGCUGCUUGGAGCCGCGUGGAGCGUCCGCGCGCGGCGGCUUCUGGAGGCGGCUCGGACACGUGUCCCGAGGGACCCCGGGCUGUCCGCCGCCCGUGCGGCUGUCCCCCUACCCGGGAGGAGCAGCCUGUCGAGGACGGUUCCCCCGCGCCAACCGCCCCGUGUCCCAGGAAGCGCGGCGCAGCGGGAGUGGGUGGUGGCCGCGCUGGCUGCCCGGCGCCUGGCUCGACCCCUCUCAAGAAGCCGCGCCGGAACUCGGAGGAGCAGCCGAGCACCACCGACGAGGACACCGACGAGGAGAUGGAGACCGGGAACGUGGCAAACCUCAUCAGCAUCUUCGGGUCUAGCUUCUCGGGACUCCUACGGAAAAGCCCUGCGGGCGGCCGGGAGGAAGAGGAGGCGGAGAAGAGCGGCCCGGAAGCCGCCGAGCCCGGGCAGAUCUGCUGCGACAAGCCGGUGCUGAGAGACAUGAGCCCCUGGAGCACAGCCAUCGUGGCCUUCUGAGUCCCGGGGCCCGAGCGGCUGGAGCUUGAGCAGCGGGCGUCCCCGAAGUGUGCCACGGCCUUUCCCGGUCUCGAGGGCGAGCCGAGACCGUUGGCGCUGGGCGCGAAGGGGAGACUGGUUGCUGCCGGGCAGCACAUCGCCCCGAACGGGGCAGCCCGGCUGGGCCGUGGCUCUCGAGUCUCACGUAGAGACCUAGAGUUGGAGGCUUAUCGGAAGAGGACGAUCGAUCGUUAACUUUUGUGUCUGUGUGUGUCCGUGUGUAAGUUUGUCUUGUGUUGAGACUGUUCUGUGGUUCUGGAAUGCACCACCCCUUCCCCGGGGCUUGAGACUUUUGGGGGCGCAGACCGGGACUUUCCUCCGCCAGCAGCACAGAAAAGGAAGCUGCUGAAAGGCUCGAGGCAGGGGAGUUCCCCGCUCGAUCUUGGGGGAGAGAGGGACUUUACACACUCUCAUGAAAGCUAGAACCUCUUCGGGCGCGGAGUGGCGUUUCCUCACAGGAUUUCCUCAGACUAGAGGGAGUUCGUCUGGAGUAGAGACUUGUAUUAUUUUUCUCCCUCCCCACCUUUCUCUAGCACAGAAGCGCUUCUACCCUGUGAUUACUCUGGGACAGCAGAACAUUAAGGGACCUUCAAUUCCCCAAAGGGGAAAGAAGCUUGGUGAACUUCACAGAAGAGUUCAAGCUUGGAAAUACGGAGUUUAUAAAGAAAAGAUAUAUUUUUAAAAGCUCUAGCUCAGAACUUACUACACAGUGCUUUUAAAAAGUGUUUAAUGAAACAAAGUUUACAGACGAGCUCUAAGUGGAAGGACCUUAUGGUUUUGUAGAUACGGUGACUCCAGUCUUUGUUGUAUAAAGGUUGGGGGAGCUGAUAAGGGUUUUGUACAGUAUUUUCUCCUCCUCUGUAUUGAUUUUUGUAUAAAAAUGUAACUUUACGUGUCUAACACGUAUUAAAUAUUUUGAAG